CAAAUCUCUAAUGAUAUUGUAGCGAUUCUUUCCCCUCGCGAAUUCGACAGGUUUUGUUUCAACAGUGUUGAACAUUGUUUGAGACUGAGAACAUUGAGUAAAGAGAGGACCACAACUAUCUAAGACUCUCUUUCAAUUAUUAAGGUAGCACAAAAAUGAGGACAUGUACCAUGCUGUUUUCAUCGAGCAUCUUCUUUACGUUUCUGGUGACGCAGACGCAGUUGCUCGAUGUUGCUGGUUUUUUGCGUGCUGCGUCAUCUCCGUCAUUCGACCCUCCAGCAUCUAGUUCGAAUAUGGUAUUUGCAUUGGGCGUGGCGGAGAAAAAAGCACUCUCUUCCACGUCUUCGCUUUCUCCGGCACCGAUGACAUCUUCAGAACAAGGUACCAGGUCUGGCCCUUCUAAUGCUUUAUCCGCGUCUUCCUCAGCAGCAGUUGUUGGACAUUCUACUCUAUCAUCGUCCUCCUCCUCCGCAACCGGAAUCGCAGAGCAAGGCACUGGCAAGUCGAAAAAAAAAUCCCACGACUCCAUUUCCAGUCGCAUCGUCAAAAAGUGCCAGCAACAGCAUCUUGCGCAACAAAAGCAAGCAGGACAGAUGCCGUUCACCAGUACUUUACUCCUUAGUACUAGAGAAAGCAACAGUACUAGAGUUGGGGAAGAUGUUGGGACGAACAACAUGCCGAUGACGGGUGCAACGACAUGCGACGACGGGAUGGCAGGUAGUUCUGAAGAAACUAACAAUUGUGGGACUAGCAGUUUGGAACGGGUCCAACACGAUGAUCCUUCGUCUAGAGAUGAACAACUGCAGCAUGGACCAUAUUCAUGUUCUACUUCGCCUGACGGAAAAGCAGCAGGAGCUUCCCCCUUUAAAACCUUUGUUGAUGGAGCAAAUAGGUUGAAUUCGCCGGCCCCAGUCUACCGAUCUCCGCCCUCUCCCUUACUAGCAUUUAUCCCGCAACCAGGAUCACUUGCGAGUUUACUAGCGAAUGCGGACGAGCUUCCUUGCUAUCUAUCGACUUCUGCCUCCUCUUUAGCAGCACAGCAGCACGAUCACGGUGCUUCUUCGUCCUUGUUGCCAGCCUGCGGACCAUGGGGAGUGACUCCUUCAGUGCCGCCGCCGGCGAGCGCACGGUUGCCGACAUUACGGCAUUUGCGAGUCAGUAGAUAAUGGUAUCCGUGGAUCGAUUGAUCUCGGAAAAGGUAUUGAUUUUGUACCUCUUCCUUCCUUCUAAUCAUACCACCAACGACCACAGCAGGUUCAACCAAAGGGCAGCGACCUAGAGUCCGUGCCUCUAGGGUGCUUGGUCCGCGAUAUGUCAGGGUUACUUGGGCAGGCAACUCAACGCCGCCACCAGACCUAAAGUUUCCUUCUCGUGGUGCGAUUCAUCUCUCGCGUAGAAUCGUCAUCUGUGGACCUCCUACGCCUAACGGGAGUGGGAAUCUCAAUCUGUCCACCUCCUCCAGUGAGAUUAUUUCUCCCACGUCUGGUGGGACUACUACGUCUGGUGGUAGUAGUAGGACUACAGCUGCGGUUCAUUCUAGUACACCUGCGUCUGGUACGAGGAGCAAAGGUGGUCAAAGUCGUAGCUGUGGUGGGCGUUUGAGCACAUCUGGGCUUCUUUCCGGCUCAGGCUCUAGAUUUGGUAUGGCAGAUCAUCAAGUCUCCGUGAGCACUAAGCGAGGACCGACAAUACGACAGCCGUACACGUUUUACCCCUUUUAUCAAGUCGUGUUUUGGAUAUCAAAUGUAUCUGUGUCUCUCUCGUUGUAUACAGUAUAAUGGUAUAACAAAACUUUUCACCCUCAGCUUGGAGGAAUCUAACUAUCGCAACAAAGUGGACGAUAGCGUAGCAGAGCGUGUGGUCCGCAACCUAUGGCUACAACGAGGUUUUCAACGUGCGCGAGAACAAGCUGGCAAUACUCCUACGACAGCAGGAGAACAUCAGAGUGGUAAUGCGUAUAGUGGUGAACGCAGGAGAACAUCAGAGUGGUAA